AAAAUAAUAAUAAAAAAAAAAAUCCAAUGUACAGGGGUAAAGGAGAGGCAGAGCAAAAACGACAACUCAAAACCAGAGCCAAAAACCGCAAAUUCAGAAAUCACCCAAAAACUAUCCUCAAAUUUCUAUUCCAUUCAUGUAUCAAUCUCAAAGCCGUGUGAUCGUUUGCUGAAAACCACCCCUACUUAUCCAAGUACACCGGUAAGUCAUCAAUUUUCCGUUUGGUUUGGUUGCCAGGUUCCGUUUCUAGGUAAAGAAUCAACUUUGCUUGGAAUCGAGGGUUUCAUUGCUAGAGAAAUGAAACCCUAGGGUUGGAUGACAUGUGGGCUUUAAUUAUUUUGAAGAUUGGUGCUGUUUGUUCAUUCUUCCUUGAGAUUUAUAGAGUCGAAUAUCAGAAAUGAACCUGUUUGAUAGCUUAUAUAGUGUUAAAAACCCCAAAUUCAGAGGGGUUUUCAAUGGUCUAUGUAGUAUUAUCCUAUUAUUUUUAUUUUACCACCGGGUAGAUGUCCUUAAAAACCCAUUUAGUGGUCCAUUUCCAACUACGGGAGCUGUUUUUGGUAGUGGGUCGAGCCAUGUUGAUAUAAUUCAUAGGCAAAUGAUUGAAGUCGAUACCAAUUUAACAUCCCUAAUUGAUUGGACUGAUGAUCAAAAUAAUAUGAGUGUACAGAAUCCAGUUUUAUGUGGUGGGUUGAUUGAUCAUAAGGGCUAUGCUAAUGAAUGUGAAUACUUGAAAGCGAACCCAGAUUGUUCAUACGGUGGGUUCUUUGAUUAUAUCAAGUUUCUUUAUUGUGAUUGUGGUGAUUUUAAAGUGUUAGGUUAUGUACUUUUGGGUAUUUGGCUUGCUGCUUUGUUUUAUUUGUUGGGGAACACUGCAGCAGACUACUUUUGUUGUUCAUUGGAGAAGUUAUCUAGUCUUUUGAAGUUGCCUCCUACAGUGGCGGGUGUUGCCCUCCUUCCACUUGGGAAUGGAGCACCAGAUGUGUUUGCGAGUAUUGCUGCCUUUGUGGGUAAGGAUGCAGGAGAUGUGGGUCUUAAUAGUGUGUUGGGCGGUGCCGUGUUUGUUACUUGUAUUGUUGUUGGGACUGUUUCAUUAUGUGUAGCAGAGCAGGAAGUUAGGAUUGAUCGUAGAUGCUUCAUUAGGGAUAUCUGCUUCUUCCUCUUUACGCUAUUGUCUUUGUUGAUGAUGUUGAUGAUUGGCAAGGUGAGUGUUGGAGCAGCAAUUGCCUUUGUCUCAAUCUAUGUAGUUUAUGGUAUUUCUGUUGCUGCUGGCGAGAUUUUUAGGAAACACGCUCGGAGGUUGAAACUGGAUGUUAUUACGCCAUUGAUUCCUGUGCGAGGAAGUUAUGAAGACAAUUCAAGUGUGUAUAGUUCUCAGCUAGACAUUGAGACUGACAGUGAUGUACCCCAUCUACCUUCUUCCCUACCAUCAUGGAUGUGGGCCUCAAAUGUUGCAAUAUAUUCCAAUCACUCCCCAAAGUGCAGCAUGCUGGAUGAAGAAAGACCUCCAUGGGGCUGGAAUGAUGAGGGAAGGGAGAUCAAUAACUCCUCAUUUUCAUGCUCUCGAUUAUUUUUGCUGAUUCAGAUGCCAUUGACAGUACCAAGACGGUUAACAAUUCCAUUGGUUGAUGAAGAAACAUGGUCAAAACCCUUUGCUGUAGCCAGUGCUACUUUGGCUCCUAUUCUUCUGGCAUUUCUGUGGAACAGCAAAGAUGACGUGGGCCCUCAAACUAGAAUUCUAGUGUAUUUUUUUGGAGUUUUGGUUGGUUGCUUACUUGGUUUUCUCGCAUACCGAUACACCUUGCCCAACCAUCCACCUCAAAGAUUAUUGCUUUUGUGGGUAUUAGGAGGAUUUUUUAUGAGUAUUGUGUGGUUCUACAUGAUAGCUAAUGAGCUUGUUGCUUUAUUGGUGGCAUUUGGCUUGAUCUUUGGGAUUAAUCCAUCAAUUCUUGGGUUGACUGUAGCUUGGGGCAACUCGAUGGGUGAUUUAGUGUCAAACGUUGUCCUGGCAAUGAAUGGUGGUGACAAUGUGCAGAUUGCCUUCUCUGGAAGCUAUGCAGGUCCCAUGUUCAAUACACUUGUUGGCUUGGGGAUCUCAAUGCUGCUAGGAGCCUGGUCACAAAACACUGGCAUUUAUGUGAUUCCUCAAGACAGUAGCUUGUUCUACACUAUGGGUUUUCUCAUGUCAGGAUUAAUUUGGGCACUUGUUGUUUUACCUCAAAAUAACAUGCGUCCCUCCAAGACAUUAGGGGUGGGACUCAUAACCCUAUAUCUGAUUUUUCUUUCAAUAAGGGUGAGUAUUGCCAUGGGAUAUAUUGUGAUUUGACCAAUUGAUUUUGUUUAUCAUUGGAUGGAUCUGUAAAGCCAGUCUUUCCAAACUUUUCUUCUCAUCACGUUUUCAUUUGUAAAAUGGUAAUCUGACAAAUGUUUUUAUAGUAUUUACAUUUGUAGGAUUCGUUUUAGUACUUGCUGUUAGAAUUUGAGCAAUCUCUACAAUGUGCAUGCACAUAGUGAAGUAAUGAAAAUGUAAUGAUACUAAAAGUUUCAUUCCUAUCAUCAGGUGUUUACGUAAAA